UUUCAAGCUGCAUAGGGAUUAAAGGGAUCAAAAUGCUCUAUUUCUUGGGCACAGAAAUUAAUUUGAGAUCUGAAUAAAGUUUCUGACUUUCCAUAAAUUGUUUUUCCUUUAGAGCUAUAAAAUGUCUGCGAUAAACGAAGCUUGUUAAAAUUUCAAGCACAUAAACACAAGCAUAGUGUUUUUGUAUCAUAAUUCUUAUUUCAAAAACAAUUUAUACGUAUUCAUUGCAAAAAAUUUUUUUAAAUUUAUUCUUUUGAAUUAUUCUUCAAAUUAUUCUUCAGAAUAAUUAUUCUUCAAAUUGAUACUCUAACAUGGCAGAAUCCAAACCUGAGAAGUUUUUCUAUUCAUUUUUAACUUUUGCAUUAACAAUUUAUAUGUCGGAACAAGCGAUGAACACAGCGCGUGUUGUUUUGUCUGGUGGAUCGGAACUUUCUCUGAAUACCAUCAUCGGAAGGGAGAUUACCUUCCCCACAGGGAAAAUAGUGCGAGAGUUUCUAGGAAUACCGUACGCACAGCCACCUAUUAGGCAGUUUAGAUUCAGGAUCUCGUUUCCAUAUGGAAACCUAGGAGCUUACUUCAACGCGACGUCAAUGCGUCCGCCUUGCGUCCAAACCGCCGACCCCGAAUCAAAGAACCCUUCCCACGAAGACUGUUUGUACCUUAACAUCUGGGCACCUAACGAUCUCUUCAAAUACGGCGCUGGAUACCCUAUUUUGGUCGCUUUCAUUAGUGGGGGUUUUGACGGAACCAAUCAAAACGACAAGCUGUUCAAUGGACUCAAGUUAGCAGAAUCGCAAGAUAUUAUAGUCGUUACAGUUAGCUACAGAGUCGGUCUUUUCGGAUUUCUGAGACUAGAUAAUAAUGAGAUUCCAGGAAAUUUUGGACUCUAUGACCAGAAAUUGGCUCUCGAAUGGAUAACAGCUAACAUAAAUGACUUCGGCGGCGAUAGAAGCAGGAUUACGUUGCUAGGCAACGGGGCUAGUGCGGCUACUAUUGGGUAUCUGUUGCUUAGCAACGCAAUUGGUAACCUCUUCAAGUGGGCUAUUAUGCAUGGAGGAUCCCCCUUAUCUCCGUGGGCUUAUGUGGAACCCGCUCAGGCGGAGAAAAGAGCAUUGAAAGUCGCUUUGUUGGUGGGCUGUAACAUCGACAGACCCUCCUCCGAGAUAUCCGACUGUCUCCGGUCAGCUGAAAGUGGGAAACUACUGGCUGCUUCCCAGAGGAUAGCCCAGUCCUCCUACUACCAAUACGUGUUCGCCCCCACCCAGGACGGAAUCAUAAUUGGACAGAGUCCGGAGGUGUUGCUGAGAAAUGGCUACAACAAGAAGACAGAAGUCAUGAUAGGAACAACUGGCUUUGAAGGAGUGCACUUCUUCGAGCAAGUGUUCCAAGACAUUCGCAUGGUGGAUGCAUCAGUAACGAGUGGUGAGAACAAGAUGUCCUACGAGCUGUUCAAGUUCUCAGUCUCACUAAUAUUUGGCAGUAUGGCCCCUCCCCGUGGCACUAUUUGCGCCAAUAUCGAGCCCCACGAUUAUGUUCCGUCCAUACUCCAGGAGCAGAUCAUCUACCAGUAUCGAGACUGGAGUCGCAUGGGCAAUCAGACGGCUCUCUUCGAGUCCUUCCGCGCCCUCAUUCAGGACAAGUUCUACAACUGCCCUGUAGUCACAUUCGCCAAAGCCUUCGCCAGUUCUGGAUCGGGGGCUUACAUGUUCAAACUGCCCUACUUCAAAGCGGAGGAUCCGGUAUCGUGGAGUGGUAAUGGCUACUAUGACUCAGCUAACUCGAAGAAGGAAAUCUACGACACGGGAAUCGAACUGGUCUUCGGAAACGGAGGCGAAGAAGAGUUGCUGCUCAAUGGCAUUAUGAGUGCGUGGGGGAAUAUGACUAAAACAGGAAACCCUAAUUCUGGAUCUUCGGUCAAUCCUUCCCUGUCAGAGAGUCUCAAUCUCUUCACGUGGCCCAAAUGGAACCCCUUCACCCGGUUCAGACUUGUGUUCAACGACCCCGUCUCCAAAGACAAGCGAUUACGUAACAAUGACAUGAGUGACGUAAUAUCGACAGAUGUCUGGGACACCUCAGAGUCUUGUGCGUUUUGGACAGUGCACUUGCCUGAACAGAUUGCAAAUGAACGGGAGAAAUGUGAUAAGAUAUCUCAAUUCACACUUCAAGCUGCCAAUUUAGUGUGAAGUUUAGGAAUAAUUUCUGCGUCAUCUGUAGGGUCAGUUUAUAAAAAAAAACACGCAUAAUGAUUUAUAUUAAACAACAAAACUCAAACU